UCUUAAUUUUAAAAAAUUUCAGCUUCGAAGUCGCAUUAUUGUUUUCUUUUGGGCACCAAAAGAGAUCGCAGGCACUAUAAAAUUCUUCACUAGAUCGUUGAAAAAGAAAAAGUAGAGUAAUGGGUGACAUAGCAAAGAAUUGGAAGGAGCUAAGUGGCGAGAAUGAUUGGGAGGAUCUAUUGGAUCCUCUCAACAUCAAUCUCCGCCAGUAUAUAAUUCACUACGGCGAAAGGGUUCAAGCUGUUUAUGACUCCUUCAAUCAAGACAAGUCCUCUCAGGCGUAUGGAUUUCCUCUAUAUGCACCCAAAGAUCUAUUCUCCAGUGUCGGCCUAGAGAAAGGGAAUCCUUUCAAGUAUACCAUCACCAACUAUCUGUACGCGAUGACAGAUAUCGAUUCCAGCAUUGAUUGGAUUGUCAAGGACCAAUCUUCUUGGAUCGGUUAUGUUGCCGUGGCCACAGAUGCAGGGAAGGCUGCGUUAGGAAGGAGAGACAUUCUCAUUUCCUGGAGAGGAACUCUUUUGACCGGCGAAUGGUUGAAGGAUGUCAAUUGGCCUCUAACUUCAGCUUCAAACUUACUUGGGGACACUCAUCCUGAUCCUCAACCUCAUGUGCACCAGGGAUUUCAUUCGCUCUACACAUCGUCCAACCCCAAAUCACAAUACAAUAACUUCAGUGCCAGAGAUCAGGUUCUGAGUGCAGUUAGAAAAUUGGUAGAUAAAUACAAAGACGAGGAAAUCAGUAUAACAAUAACAGGUCAUAGUUUGGGUUCAGCACUUGCGACAUUGAAUGCAGAAGACAUAGUUUCCGGAGGAUACAAUAAGCCCACGGGAGCGGAUAAAGCAUGCAUGGUUACAGCUUUUGUGUUUGCGAGCCCCAAGGUUGGAGACAAAGGCUUCAAGACUGUAUUCAACAAACUCAGCAAUCUUCAUCUCUUGCACAUCAGAAACAUCAACGACAUAGUUCCUAAAUUGCCUUUUAUUUUCUACAGUAAAGUGGGAAAACAGUUAAAAUUUGAUUCUACCAAGUCAACGUACUUAAAGGCUGAAAAUGCUAAACAAAUAGGUGAUUUGCAUAACUUGGAGAUUUAUCUUCAUGGAAUUGCAGGGACGACGUCUGAAGGGAGUGAUAAAUUUGAGUUGAUAAUUAAACGUGAUAUUGCACUGGUGAACAAAGGAUUAGAUAUUUUGAAGAGCGAAUUUGGUGUACCACCCAAAUGGUGGGAUCCAAUUGUAAACAAAAGAAUGGUUCAAGACAACAAUGGCUAUUGGAAGCUGGAGUAUUAUGUUCCAGAGUGUCCUAGUGCUUAAUUAUCCUGGGAAAUACAAGCACUAAUUAAGAGCCUGAAUCUUAUGUGGGAAUUAUAAAAGUAGAGUAGGACUCAACUAGCUUAGGGUACCUUUGCUACUUAAAGCUUUGUUUAUUGUAAUUUUUUGCUAUUUAUUUAUUCAUUUAUUUAUUUUUUUACUAGUAUCUUGGUGUAACUUAACUUAAUCAAAUGGCCAUUUGUCUUUCUCCUA